UUUUUUUUUUUUCAAAAAAGCGCGAUCUUUUUUAUUAUACCAUGAAAACUUCCCAAUUCGUCUCUACCACUGUGGAGCAUUUUCCUGAAAACGGCAUAUGUCAUAAUGUAGCAUAUGAAAAGCAGAAAACAGACAAGGAUUAUACGAUCGAACCACGAAUAGCGCUGCACUUGUGCAAAGAUCUGUUAAUUCAUGCACAACUGGCUGAAAACAACACCACGCUUGAACUGCGGCCACAUACUUUGACGGAUUCUUUACAAACAACAUUGCCUGUCAAGAUCGUUUACUCUUCUCCGAUUGUUUCUACCAUUGUAUUGAAUGACGAUGGCGACAAUGCUUUAUACUGCUGGCUGAUUUCUCAGGACAACCAAAUCAUUCGACAUCGAUUCGCGUUAAACACGCUCUUUACAGACGAAUCGGCCGAGCCUCAAGUUAUCGUGCGACGAUUGACAAACAAAUACAUUUCACUUUCGGCAACUCCACACGGAUUGGCAACAGUAUCCUUCAGCGACGGUUCUAUUGUUCACUAUCAGGAAGAUAAACCUCCUUCCUCCUCGUAUGAGCUGGAUAUUGUAGACAAAGAUCCAAAGCUUUGCUCAUACAUGAUGCAUGGAUCGACAAGUUUCCCAUUACUGAAAUAUCUCAACAUUGCAACGCGUCGCCUAUUAAACUGGAACAUCGACGUAGAAGGAUCCAGCACUCAGGCACGCACCACAGUAUUAGCAUCAUCACCUAAGGCUGAUAUAAUAGCUGGAGUACGAAGAGAUCAUAGAAUAGUCACAUGGACAUGGGCGAAUGGCGGAUUGGACCGAACCUUACUGGAGUUGCCACAGUUUAACAACAAUGGCAAGUUGGUUGAUCCAGAAGAUCAGGACAUGACUUACCAACUACCAGGCAGUUUUACACCCAAGCACCUGGCAAAGAAGGGAGAAUUUCAGCAAAAAGAUGAUCACUCGUACGAUGUAAAGAUACUAUCACAAAGUGAUGACACCAAGAGCCACAAGGCAAUUGCCUACGUCGAUACACAGAGCGAACCAUUCUUUGCACUAUAUGAUGUCAAGGAAUCCAACGUGGCAGUACUAUCGAAUGUGAUCAUGACACCAAGGCACCUUGCAGGAGAGUUUCUCGGAUUUGACGCUUCGCUAGAAAAGAAGAACAAACUUCGAUUAUGGACAAUCUGGCAAGAAGCAAAAACGGUGUUCGUCAUGUCCUCCACCAUCGAGCUCGUCGCGGGCGACCAGGCUCCACAUAUUAGCCGACCAAAUUGGACAACGGACUCAUUCAGCUCAACAACAAAUCACCGUGCUACAAUCGCAACAUAUAUUGUGGAUAAAAAGGAUCUUUUGGUUGGUAUAUCAAACGAAUUACGAACUGUGCGUCACCUUGAUAAGCUGGAGGAUGUGUAUUUUCACCAUGGAGAAGCAACAGCUGGUGACAAUGACGACGAUCGGGUUGCCAAAGCUCUGGCGACACUUAGUAGUAUGUUGAUCAGCAUUUAUCCGCAUGCGCGAUCAAAUCUGGAAACAGCCUUGCGUGACAGCUUUUCCAAACCGUACAAUGCGGCCAACUUUUACAAAACACACUUCGAAAGCAACCAAGCACUUAAUGUCCUGACAACAUUUCCUGAAAUUGACAAGCCGACAGCAGCAUCUCUUGUCCAGUUAAUAAACGAAAAUCAACCUGAUUUCCAGCAUACCCGUGCAGGAAAAACGACAAGCGCAUUAGUAAUUGAAGCCGUUGCCAACAUUAUCACCAAUCGAUACGAUCUGUUUUUCAGCUUAUUCCUGGUCUUGUGUGGAGACAAAGCCUUUCAAUCCGAAGCGUCAACAACUUGGGAACUGUUACGUAAUUUGGACUCACUACGAUGGAUGCCACGGCAUGUAUUUGAACGCCUGGUUGAACCAAUAGUCGUUCCAACAGACGCACGCUUGGACAUCGGUUCUGCAGCAUACUAUGCAUUAUCGAAAACAGGCGACGUGAUUGAAAACUGUGAUGCGUUGGCUAAAACUGGUGAGGCCGGUGUAGCUUUGGAUAUGGCACGGAUAUUCCUGGACAUGGAAGGUGGCGAUGGACAAGGCGAAAAGGCUGAGAUGCUUCGAGCUGUCAAAUUUCGCAGCUCGCUUGCCAGUCAAGAUUUCGAUAACGCAAUCAGUAUUCUCUCGCGAAUGACCGAAGAUAAUGAAAAAGACACCCUGAUUGAAUGUUUACUUGAUGCAGCAUACAAUGAGGAAAAGUAUCAAGUUAUUAGCAAGCUGUCAUUACGCCCUACAAUAGUGGGAAAGAUCAUUCGUGAUCGUGCCAACAAGCAACAAUCACCAAUAUCCAAAAGAUUAAGCUGGUGGCAAGUUGGAUACUCGUAUUUUACAUUUGCGAAGGAUGAUGAAUCAGCAAAAGAAUGUAUGCGGGAACAUUUAAAACUGGUUGGAUCCACGGAUGAAUUGUUGAAACAGUUCUUUGCCUAAUUAGUUGUAUAAAGAUUUAGCUUGUAUACCUUAAACUAGCAUCGAUAAUAAAUAUGAAAAAUAUGCACAU